AUGGCAAGUGAACAAGUCAAGCACUGGGAGAACCACAGCACAGCGGGAGAGUUCAUUUUGCUGGGAUACCAAGAAUAUCCUAUCCUCCUCUUUAUUGCCUUCCUGACCACAUAUCUGGCCAUUCUACUGGGCAAUGGUCUGAUUGUAGUAGUGACAGCAUGGGACUCUGCCUUACAUACCCCCAUGUACUUCUUCCUGCGAAACCUGUCAGGGCUGGAGAUGUGUUACACCUCAGUCACUCUUCCCAAAAUGAUGGCCAAUCUGGUCUCUGGAGAUCGUGCCAUUUCUCUGCCAGCCUGCGCUACACAGAUGUUCUUCAUACUCUUUCUUGGUGGAACUGAGUGCUUUCUGCUGGCAGCCAUGGCCUAUGACCGCUAUCUUGCCAUUUGCCUGCCACUUCGCUACAUGACAAUCAUGAGCCCCAGGUUGUGUUUGGGGAUGGUGCUCGUCUCUUUUGCCAUCAGCCUUCCUAUGCAGUUGCUGCAAAUUGGGCUCAUCUUCUCCUUGCCUUUCUGCGGAUCCAAUGAGAUUGAUCACUUCUUCUGUGACAUCCCACCAGUGCUCAGAUUGGCAUGUGCUGACCUGUAUGCUAAUGAAUUAGCUGUCUACACUGAGAAUAUUUUCUUUGUAGUACUUCCUUUUGUGCUCAUUGUGGCCUCUUAUGUACACAUUGCCAGAGCAAUAUUGCGCAUGCCAUCAGGCACUGGACGCCAAAAGACCUUUUCAACAUGCUCAUCCCACCUCACCGUGGUGAGUCUCUUCUAUGGGUCAGGGAUGCUUGUUUACCUCUGUCCACAGACAAGUGACUUUGCAAAGGUUGCCAAAUUGCUCUCCUUGCUCUAUACCAUCAUCAUUCCCCUUUGCAAUCCUCUCAUCUAUACUUUGAGGAACAGGGAGGUGAAGGUUGCGUUUAGCAGACUGUUGGGCAAGAAGCGGUCUUUGGAAGUGGGCACAGGGAUUAGCUGA